AUGCAAAGUCAUGAUCAUGAUCAGCAGGGAAGUAGAUCUUCGAAGCGAAUAAGUCGUAUUUGCAAACUGAGUUCCUUUUCAAAAGAGUCAACUCUGACGGCUGUGUGUAAAGCUGAAAACUCCCAAUUUAACAUCUUGAAUUUAAUUAAUAUACUAUUCUGCAAUAAAUCGAACCAACCGCAAUUUAGACUGAGAAUUACCGUUUCUGCGGAUUUAGAAGAUAAUGAGUACUUUCUCAAGUUCAUUUAUAAAUCAAAAUCAAAUGAUUUAGAUGGAGCGUAUAGUUCUAACUCAACAACGUCAACAUCAAUACAAGAAAAUGAAAAACCAGAGAUCUCGGAGAAUAAUGAAAGAGAUGAGUUCCUAGUCACGUUCGAUGGUAAAGAUGACAAAGAAGAUGUUACCAACUUAUCAAGAUUUCAUAAAUGGGUUAUUGUAGGGAUUAUAUCAUUUGGAUCAGUUUGUGUUACCUGUUUAUCAUCUUGUUGGUCAUUAGCUUCUGAAAAUAUAAUGGAGCAUUUUAAUGUUAGUCGCGAAGUUAGUGUGUUAGGUAUAUCAUUUUUUAUAUUAGGAUUGGGAACUGGUGGAAUGUUUCUAUCCCCAAUAAGUGAAUUCCAUGGUAGGAAAAUUGUUUAUAUAUUAGGAUUGACUUUAAUGAUUGCUUUUGAAUUUUUAACUGCAUUUACAAAUAAUUAUGGAUCAAUGAUUUUUGGAAGAUUUAUGAGCGGGUUUUGUGGCUCUAGUUUUAUGGCAGUAUGUGGAGGACUGUUUUCAGAUUUAUUUAAAAAGAAAAAACAAUUGAAAGAUGGUUCUGAAGUUGAGAUGGAAGGUAAAGAUUCUAAUGAAGACCUUGCGUUGGCAUUAAUUCUUUACUCAGUUUCACCAUUCUUGGGACCACUGAUAGGACCUUUGUUGUCUGGCUUUAUCAACAGUACCAUGAACUUCAGGUGGACCUUUUACAUAAUGAUAAUGUGGACUGGUCUUAUAUUAGCAUUAGUCGUCUUCUUUGUACCGGAGACAUAUGAACCAAUUAACUUGAAACAUAAAGCUAAAAGAUUGAGAAAAGAGACAGGCGAUAAGAGAUAUUAUGCACUUUCAGAAAGAAAUAAAACUUCAUUAAUUCAUAGUGUUUUAAUAAGUUCAAGAAGACCAUUUUUACUUUUAUUUUUUGAUAAUAUGACCAUGGUCUUAUGCUUUUACACUGGAUUUUGUUUGGCAAUUGUUUAUUUGUUCUUUGUUGCUUUUCCAUAUAUUUUUAGAACUGUUUAUGGAUUUGAUUUAGCUGCUCAAGGUAUGUCGUUUUUAGGUUUGGCUACAGGAAUGGUUUUAACUUGUUUAAUCUCACCAUAUUUUGUUAAAAAGGGUUACUUGUAUUUAUUAAAGAAAAAUAAUGGUGUUCCAAAAGUAGAAUUUAGAUUUGUUUCAUUAAUGGCUGGAGUAUUUGUUGUUCCUAUUGGAUUAUUUAUGAUAGCUUGGACAUCUUAUUCUUCAAUCCAUUGGAUUGUUCCAAUCAUUGGAUCAGGAAUAUACGGAUCAGGAACUAUCUUAGUAUUUAAUGGGAUUUUUGCUUAUUCAGUUGAAGCUUAUAUUUUGUAUUCUGCAUCAGCUAUGGCUUGCAAUUCAUUUGUUAGGUCAGUCAUGCAUUGGGUUGAUAAAAAUUGUCUACCUUGGUCAAAAGAAUAUUUUGAAACAAAUAUAAAAAACACAAAUUUCAAAAAUGACGAGUAUGAGUUCAUAAUCACAGAAAUUGACUCAGUCACCGGUGAUUGUGAUGUAACUCAAAGAAAGGGGAAAGUAUUAUGCAUUUAUGAUAUGAGGUUACAAUUUAAAAUUAAAGGGAGUGAUAAUAGUGAAAAAUCAAUAUCUGGAACCAUAAUAGUACCUGAAUUUACACAUGAUCAAGAUUCUGAUGAAUAUGUAUUUGAAGUAAAUUCAGAUGACUUGGUACCGGAAAUUAGGAAAAAUUUGGUACCUAUUUUAAAAACAAAAUUAAUGAAAUUUCAAAAUGAUUUAAUAAGCGCUCAUGCACAAGAUGUUCAACAUGGAUCUGCAACUAAUACAACUAAUUGA